AUGCGGCCCUUCUUGAGGAUGUCUGUGCCCCUCAGAAUACCCCGGCCUCCCCUUCACAUCCGCUAUAAUCACACUCAGCCGCAGGCUCAUCUCAGGGAGAACGAGUACGCCUCGACGUACGAGAUCUCAGAGGACGAGCUCCCUCCUGAGGAGCGACACGGCCAGAUAGAAUGGGACAAGACCCGUCUGACCUUCCACUCGGAUGGUGUCCUCAUCCACCGUAACUCCCAAUACGACCCCACCACCUACCAGCGUCUCCGUGACAACUGCCCCUGUCCUCAAUGCGUCGACCCCUCCACACGCCAGAAACUACGCACGAGCGGAUCGUCCGCUACUGUCAAGCUCACCAAGGCGUUCAAAGGCUUUGACGCGGCUGGCGAGUCGGGAGCGCACAUCACUUGGUCAGACUCGCACGCUUCCUUCUAUACCGAAGCCCAGCUGCGGGACAUGGUGGCGUUCGACAAUGGCCGCAAGAAUGUCUCGCACCAUUUUCGGCGAAAGUUAUGGGACCGGCCCACACUCGAGGCGAGUAACCUGCGGAUGAAGUAUGAGGAUGUCAGGGGGAACGCGGGCGGGAUGCUGGAGAUGCUGCGCCAGGCGCAGGUGUAUGGGCUGGUGGUCGUGAGUGGGGUGCCGACGGAGCGGACGAGCGACAAGGACUGUGAGCUCCGGGCGUUCAUGGAGGAGAUUGGCGAGAUACGGAAUACGUUCUACGGGCAGACAUGGGACGUCAAGAGCGUGGUGAAUAGCAAGAAUGUGGCGUAUACCAGUCAGGACCUGGGAUUGCACAUGGACCUCUUAUACUUCUCCUCUCCGCCCAGAUUCCAGGCGCUCCACUGCCUUCGGAAUAGGGUCCAAGGCGGCUCGUCCUACUUUGCAGACUCCUUCUACGCCGCCCGCCAUAUCCAACACAACGAUCCCCACACGGCCUCCAUACUCUCCCGCUACCCCCUGGACUUUGAAUACGAUAAUGACGGCCACUACCUCCGUUGCCGGCACUUUAUCAUGAACAAUCUAGACUCGCUCCGGAGUCACGUCAACUGGAGCCCGCCGUUCCAGGGCAAAAUGAGGCGGGUCGCGCCCCCGAGGGUGCCAGUCAAGCAGGCGUACAAGGCGGAGAAGGAGUUUUAUGAGGCGUUGGCCAAGUUUGAAGAGACGCUAGGGAGGCCGGAUGUGCAGUAUGAGUUUACGAUGAAGGAGGGGGAUCUGGUGUUUUUCGAUAACAGGAGGGUGUUGCAUGCGAGGCGAGAGUACGGGGAGGGCGAGAGGUGGUUGAAGGGGUGUUAUCUCGAUGGUGAGGUCGUGUGGGACAGGCUGGCAACGUUGUAG